CUAGCUUUAAAGAUACUAGAUUUUGCUACUUUUACUAGUAAAAAGCGGGCGUUGCGUGACUCCGGGCGUUGCGCGCACAGACACGGUACCUACCGGUGCCGGUAGCUGCUUCCCGAUUUCGCUCGAAUGUAGCGACCUCGAAAUUUCAAUUGACAACAUCAAAAUAGCCAAAAACUCAGAAGCAGAGCAGCAUACAUGGGCUUCACAGACUUGGCCGAGAUUGAACUACCAGCGGCGUUUGACGCCCACGUCCAUCUGCGUGAUGGCGAAAUGUCGCAGCUCGUCACCCCCACCAUCCGCACAGGUGGUGUGAAUCAGGUGUAUGUCAUGCCAAACCUUGUCCCGCCCGUGACCUCUGUCAAAGCAGCCCUUGAAUAUAGGGAGCGUCUGCGCGCCAUCGAGCCCAAUGUCGACUACCUAAUGUCCCUGUAUCUGCACGAGGACAUCACUCCGGAGGUCAUCAUCGAAGCAAAGAAGGCAGGCAUCACCGGCGUCAAGUCCUAUCCCGCAGGAGUCACCACCAACUCAUCCUCUGGAGUCUUGUCCUACGAACCCUUCUACCCGGUUUUCGCAGAGAUGGAGCGCCAAAACAUGAUCCUCAACCUGCACGGUGAAGUGCCCAGCACACCCGCCAACGCAAAAGCAGAAAGCACCAAAGACGGCGCGAUCACGAUAUUGAAUGCCGAGCCUGCCUUCCUCCCGACCUUCAAGUCCCUGCACGCCAAAUUCCCCAACCUGCGCAUCAUCCUCGAGCACUGCAGCACUGCCGCGGCACUCGACGCAGUACGUUCCUGCGGCCCCAGCGUUGCGGGCACCAUCACCGCACACCACCUGAGUCUGAUCAUCGACGACUGGGCAGGCGACCCGUUCUGUUUCUGCAAACCGGUUGCCAAGACGCCUGAGGAUCGUGACGCCCUGCUUAAGGCAGUGAUAAGCAGCAAGGGCCGCUUUUUUUUGGGCACGGACUCAGCGCCGCAUCCGAGCACGAAGAAGAGGGGCGAAGAUAAGGUUGCUGCGGGGGUGUUUACGCAACCUUAUGCGUUGGGGUAUGUUCUAGAUGCUUUGAGGACUGGUAUCGAAAGGGGGGUUAUCGAGGAGAAGGGCGUGGACCAGGAGGCAUUGGAGGGCUUCUUUGGUGCGUUUGGGCGCAAGUUCUACCAGGUAAAGGAUGAUCGCAAUGAGAGGAUCGUGUUGAAGAAGGGUGGAGAGGAGAUCGUGGAGGUGCUUAAGAAGGAUGGGAUUAGCGUUGAGGUUGUGCCAUUCAGGCACGGCGAGUCGACUUGGAGCGCCGAGUGGAAGUAAGCAAACAGAAAGAAAAGCAUGAGUACGAUGUGCAUCUCGUUAUCCUGACUUUAGACUGUUUGCAGCAUAACGGAAACGUAACUAUGCACAGUUCAUUGACUAGAGCCGACACCAAAUUUACGCCAAGUCAAUUACAUU